AUGUCGUCACCAUCAAAACAAAAUUACGAAGAAUCAAUGAAAAAACGUUUUUGUCCAUUUGAUGACAAUCUUACUCCUCAAUUAAAAAUUCAUAUUGGAUUAAAAGAGUCGGCUGAUAGAGAUGAGAAAGAAAAGGAAUUACAAAAAAUUUACGAUCGAACUAUGCAGAUGUUGAAAAAUGGCCCUAAGAUAACUAAUGCUACUAAUCUUUCAAUAGAAAAUAAGAAAAAUGCUGGUUAUCAUUUUGAAUUGCCAAAAUUCAAACAAAUGAUUCUUACUAACAAUCUUGAGUUGGAAGUUAGUAAGAAACUUAUCCUGCCUUCAGGAAAAAAACCGUGUUCGAAUUGUAAACGAAACAGUGUCAUCGAUAGCAGUUGUUUCCUAUGUAUUGAAUUUCAUUGUUCAGAUUGCCUAAACAUGUGUAGCAAAUGUUCAGAACUAUUUUGUUCAAAAUGUAGCUUAACAAUCUAUGAUGGUGGCGAGCACGUUGAAUGCCUAGCAUGUUAUUAG